CACUCGCCGAUUAACUGCCUCCGCCGAGCCGCUUGUUUGACUUGUCCACCCGCCACUCCACCGGCGCCGGCGGCUAUAUAUGGCGCGCCCCGCCUCACCCUCACGAGCCAAGCCGGGCCGCCACCUCACCUCAGCUCCUACCUUCUUCCUCGUCAGCGCGCGGGAGCCGGCCGGGGAUAGGAGGAUGGGCGCGACGCUGCUGCAGGCGGUGGCGGCGCUGGUGGGCCGGCUGCAGCGGGCGGCGCGGAGGAUGGCGGCCGGCAAGGGGUCGCCGCCCCGCGCCGCCGUGGCGCCGAAGAAGACGUUCUCGCCGCUGGCGCCGGCCGGGAGGGCGGCCAGGGAGGCCGAGGCCGGGGUGUGGAGGAAGGAGAUCCUCAUGGGGGAGCGCUGCCAGCCGCUCGACUUCUCCGGGGUCAUCUACUACGAUGCCGAGGGCCGCCGCCUCGCGCAACCGCCGCCGCCGCGGUCGCCCAUGCGCAGCCCGCUCCCGGCCUCGCCCAGGGUCGCCGCCGCCAACGCCAACGCCCGCGCCUACUACUAGCAGCUGCUCUCUAGGCAGGGAUGGCAAAGCUUGCUCUGUUUUUGUUGGGGGUGAGGCAGAGUGUGUGUCUGCUUGGGGAUUGUAGCUCGACGCCUGCCUGUACAUGGUAAUGAUCUUGGUGUUCCUCUUCUUCUUCUUCUUCUUUUUUGUUUUCUUUCUGUUUUUUUCGUUGGUGCUGUAAUUCUAGGAUAUGCAACAAGAGCUCAUUGAGUUGAGGACUAUACUGUCCGAUUUGCAGCUUUUCA